AAGCGCACGCAGAGGCGGAAGUUCAAUAUUUUCAACCUUGCAGGAUUAUCAUCAGACAGCAGGCUGAACACAGUCAACAUGUUCUCUGUCAAUAUGAUCCGCAGGUUGCGGCCGCGUGCCUUAACUCACUCAUUCAGUUAUUUUCACGUGAUGUCCUCGCGACAUGCAGCGUCGCGAUCCGCGUGCUGUUUGAGAGGCCUGAGCGGUGAACUGCCGCGUGCUGACAGAAGCUCGCUCUGCGUCAGAUACACGCUGCAGUCUGGCUGUCCAUCAUCACGUUGUCUCUCCACCACCAGCCACUCUGAGGAGGGGAACCUGAUCUACACCGGCAGCCUGGGCUCUGCUGUCCGAGGGGUGAAGAUGUUCUCCUACACCACCAGCGGGGCCAGUCUCUUGCUCAUGCCCCAAAUCCUUUUCAAGACUGGCGUUGGAGUCCAGAGCGUAGCCCUGCAGGCAGCUUUCUGCGGCGUCAUCGGCUUCUUCACCUUCCUCACGCCCGUCCUCCUCCACUUCAUCACCAAGGGUUACGUGAUCCGCCUCUAUCACAACCCGGACACGGACACCUACACUGCCGUCACCAACAGCGUCUUCCUCACAGAGAAGAAGACGGUGUUCCAUCAGAAGGAGGUCAGGAUCCCGGCCGUCAGUAAGAUGUUCACCACCUUCUACGCCGAUAAGGCGGGACUGCUGGUGAACCCAGACCUGUUCCUACUCGCUCAGGACUACAACCACCUGAUGGGCUACGAUAAACCCUUCAGCUUCCACUCAGAUGACAUAGACAGACCUGAGAGCUGAAAGACAUUAGCUGCUAACUGUUGAAUGUACAGUCAGUAUUCUAUCUAAACAGUGUGGAACAUCCAUGGAGAACUUUUAAAGCCAUAUUUUUUUGUUAGUUUUUUUUUUUUUGAUGAUGUUUAAUGUCAAUAAAUUAUAACUUCACUAACAUGAACUGUGAUACUCUUGUAGAGUUUUGAUGGAAACUGUCUCCGUAUGUCAGCAGCACAAACAUGAACCUUCUACUGUCACUUCAACCAAAUACUCUGAAGUGUCAUUUUAUCAUCAUUUUUUAACAGGAACUCUGUAGAGUGGCAUCUCAAUGGGGUAUGAAUAGAGUCAAUACACUAGCUUACUUUACUUACUUUGAGGAAGAUAAAAAUGUUCUUCUACAAAUCCCUGUUACACUGAACAAAACGUCUCAAAUAACUUU